GUUUUCAAAGCCGUGUAAUAAAGGCUUUUAUUUUAUCCUUAAGUAAAUUUCCUCUUGGUUUUCCAACUAUUUAUGUAGGGAUAUUGAAAGGAAAAGGUCGAGAAAACAAAAUCCAAAGUUAGAAAACGUUGCAGUUAAGUUAAAGCAAAGUUGCAACCGCGAACAUGGCAACAGAAACUGCCACUCAAGCGCCUAGUUCCUGGAGCGCAGGCGCGGACAGCUGUUUCCCCCACAGAAACCAUUAUCGCGAGUCUUAGGGAUAAACUUGUAAAGAAUGCCAGAACUAAGUUCUCGCGAGAGGUAGUUAGUUACUAUAGUUGCGGGUAACGCAAUUGUGGCUGCCUCAGAGACCAGAGAAGACCAGAGGGACUUUGCCCAAGUGCUGAUAUGGAGCAGGUGUCAUCAACAGGCAGACCCGUGCAGAUCACUGUGACAGAUGGAUAUGACUUGAAAGGUUUUAAAGGAGAUACUCCAGUUACUUUUAUUCGUGCAGAAUUCAGUCAAGUGGUUCUGGGAGACUCUGCAAAAGUUACGGUUUCUCCAGAAGGAACUGCAAAAUACAACUUCACUAGCAGCUUUGAGUUCAAUCCUGAAGGAGGAAUUACUUUGGAUGACCUCGCCCACAAACCUGUGUUCUUAACUAUGACUGAAGUUUUACCAAAGGAAAAGAAACAGAAAGAUGAGAAGACCUUAAUUCUUGGCCAAGCUGUGGUGGACCUUCUUCCUUUACUGGAAGGAGAAAGUUCAUUUGAAACAAUAAUCCCCUUGCACCCUGUGCCAGGCUCGCCUUUAGAAUCUCUUCGAUCAGGUGCUAAGCAGUGCAGUCUUGAAGUUAAAGUAUUUGUGGCAGAGCCCUUAUUGACCACAGCACAGAUUUUAGGAGGCAAUCUACUGAAGGUCACAUUGGAGGCUGCCUACUCUGUGCCUGAAUCUUUCAUUCCAGUAGGCCCUCUGCAGAAUUACAUGGUUGGUCUGCAAGUUCCAUCAGUUGGAGAGAAAGACUAUCCCAUUUUGUUCAAGAAUGGAACUCUGAAGAUUGGAGGGGAAAGAGAACCUGUUCCCCGGCCUAAAAAAUGGCCAAUUGCCAACAUUCUGGCUCCAGGAGCUAAUGACAUUCCUAAUGCUUUCAUUGUUGGUGGGCCCUAUGAGGAAGAAGAAGGAGAACUCAAUCACCCUGAGGACAGGGAAUUUAGGAACCAAGCAGAGUGCAUAAAGAAAAGGAUUACUUGGGACCUGGAAAGUCGCUGCUACCUUGAUCCUCCUGCAGUAGUCAGUUUUCAGAAGCGAAUUGUUGAUUGCCGCUUUUGGCCUGUAGAGAUCACAAGAGUUCCUCUGACUACUGUACCCAAAGGGAAAGCUGCAAAACUUGAUAAGACUGAUGAUGAAAGUCAGCUUUCAUUUCAUGGUGUGGCUUAUGUGAAUAUGGUCCCAUUGCUGUAUCCAGGUGUGAAGAGGAUUCGGGGAGCUUUUCAUGUUUACCCUUACCUAGACAGUACAGUCUAUGAAAAGACCAAAUGUUUAUUUAGCUUGUUCCGGGAUACUGGCCAUCAUUUGAUUCAGAAUAAUAAAAUAGGAGGAAUUAAUUCUCCAUUGUCUAAACUAGUUGUUUCAAAGAACCUGAAAGAAGAUAAAGCAGUCAAAGAAAAGGAUAUAGAAGGAAGGCCUAGGCCUGGGGAUAUGCAAGCACCUAGUAUAAAAUCUCAGAGCUCAGAUACUCCUUUGGAAUUUGAACCCUCUCUAAGCCACAAUCCAGAAGGACAGCAAUAUGUAGAAGCAGGCACGUACAUUGUGUUGGAGAUUCAGCUGGACAAAGCCUUGGUUCCAAAGCGAAUGCCAGAGGAGCUAGCCAGAAGGGUCAAGGAUAUGAUUCCGCCAAGGCCGCCUCUUACCCGUCGGACAGGAGGAGCUCAAAAGGCGGUGAGUGACUACCACAUGCAGAUCAAAAAUAUUUCUAGAGCCAUUCUGGAUGAGUAUCACAGGAUGUUUGGAAAACAGGUGGCCAAACUAGGGAGUGAUAUGGAUAGUGAAACCCUAGAGGAACAGAAGUGCCAGCUCAACUAUGAACUUAACUGCUCUGGAAAAUACUUUGCUUUCAAAGAACAACUCAAGCAUGCUGUAGUAAAGAUUGUGAGAGAGAAGUAUUUGAAGACAACAUCAUUUGAAAGCCAGGAGGAACUGCAGACAUUUAUUAGUGAGCUCUAUGUGUUCUUGGUGGAUCAGAUGCAUGUGGCCUUAAACCAGACCAUGCCAGAUGAUGUCCAACACACUCUUUCAACCAUUUAUACAAGCAAUGAACAGCUUCGACUCUUCGCAUUUGAAGCAGAAGUCAAUGAGAACUUUGAAAUGGCAGCAGUGUAUUAUGAAGAGAGGUUGGUCCGUGAGCCCCAGAACUUGGAACACUGGCUGGACUACGGUGCCUUCUGCCUCCUAACUGAGGACAACAUCAAAGCACAGGAGUGUUUUCGGAGAGCCCUUUCCCUCAACCAGAAUCAUAUCCACAGCCUGUUGCUGUGUGGUGUCCUGGCUGUCUUGAUGGAGAACUAUGAGCAGGCAGAAAUUUUCUUUGAGGAUGCUACUUGCUUGGAACCAACUAAUGUUGUAGCCUGGACUUUACUUGGUUUGUACUAUGAAAUUCAAAACAAUGAUAUUCGAAUGGAAAUGGCAUUUCAUGAAGCCUUCAAACAACUUCAGGCACGAAUGCUUCAGGCACAAGUAGCGAAGCAGAGGGGCACUGGUACUGUAGAGUACAUUGAAGAAGGAGGGAAAGUAGAAUCCAGUUUAGGCCCUUGGGGAAUCACUAAUGGUUCUGCAACAGCAAUGACGGUGGAAGCGGCAGCAGGACCAAGAGAUCCAUCAUACAUUCUAGAUGACUUUCUUGAAGAAUCCUCCAAACUGCAGUCUGAUUCACGAGAAAACAUUUUGUCCCUACAAUAUCAAGAUCCAACUAUCAGCCAAAAACCAUCCAAUAUACUUCUCAAAGACAUACCAGCAAAGAAAGAAACAUCAAAAUGUCAAGAUUCAUCAACCUUUUUGCACCCCAGCCCUUAUGGUGUUUCCCAAACUCCUGCCACCAUCUUCAUGGAGACCAUACGCUUCUUGAUGAAGGUCAAUGCUGUGCAGUAUGUGCACAGAGUGCUUGCACAUGAGCUGUUAUGCCCUCAGGGAGGCCCCAGCUGUGAGUAUUACUUGGUGCUGGCCCAGACACACCUUCUCAAGAAGGACUUUGCCAAGGCAGAGGAAUACCUUCAACAAGCAGCCCAGAUGGACUACCUGAACCCUAAUGUCUGGGGCAUGAAGGGCCAUCUCUAUUUUCUAAGUGGAAAUCAUGCUGAGGCCAAGGCAUGCUAUGAGCGAACCAUUAGUUUUGUAGUGGAUGCUUCUGAGAUGCACUUCAUCUUCCUGCGACUGGGACACAUCUAUCUGGAAGAGAAAGAGCUGGAGGAGCUCACGGAAGCUGAAGAUGCUCUCUCUGAAGCCAAUGCAUUGAACAACCACAAUGCUGAAGUAUGGGCAUAUUUGGCUCUGGUCAGCCUAAAAGCUGGACGGGAACUGGAAGCUGAGCAGGCCUACAAGUACACAAUGAAGCUGAAAUUGAAAGAUGAGACUCUACUUGCAGAGAUCCACAUGGUACAGGAGGCAGUUGGCUUUGGAAAUCCAUCUUUCUGACAUCCUUCCAGCUGAAGACUAUUCUGUAUGGGACUCUGAGCUUCUUUCCUUCCCAGAGAAAUUAAACCCUGGAUAUUUCAUCACAUGAGGCCUGGGAAUGGACAACACCAUGAACAGAAACUCGUUCAUUUAUUUCCAUGGGCUAUCUUACUGGAUAGCCCUUCCUGGGAUGUUUUACAAAUGACAGUAAACUAGAUGACAAUAAAAAAUGGAAGAGAUUAAAAAUUCA